GUUUGGGCUUUGGUGCAACCGUGAAUCGGGCAUAAAAGUUAUUUAAUUUAUAUCUAAAAUGCAAAGCAAAACGAUAAAUCAUUGUUAACGAAUAUUUUUUAAUGUUUUUGUUAUUCAAUGCACAUAAAAUGUGCCGCAAAUUGGCCACCCCUACCAUAGACGCUUGUGCGUGUGAUGCCGCAAUUAUCGAGAAAACCGGGCUGUGCAAUUAGAAUAAUAAGAUCAUAGAUAUUAUAGAAAUUAUUAUUUAUUUUUCUCUUAUUAUUAUAAACAAUAGAUAUUAUUUAGAAAUUAAUUAUCUAUUUAAUAGAAAUUAUUAUGUCUAUGAAGAAGAUUGUUUAACUUUACGAUGUGCGCUAAUAAGAUAUGAUAGUCACGAAUUUUGUUUUUUCUACCAGGCUUUAUUCUUAUCACUAGAGCAGAACUAUCCCAUUCACGGUCUUAAACGAAUAAACCCAAUAGUGAAUUUUUUGAUUUAAUUGUCAUUAUAAUACUUUUCAACUCAAUAAAACUAAGUAGGUACUAUUAAUUCUGGUGCACAGGUACAUAUUCAGUAAUGGCGUUAUUAGUUAAGUAUUCAAAGUUUGGCAGUUGCAUUAAACAUCUGUAAGUGAAUUUUAUUAAUCUUGUAAAAAUGCAUUAUUUAAAUUAAGUAUUUUAAUAUAUUCUGAAUAGUACCGCAAAUAUUCUUGAUACACAAAUGUUAAAAUUAAUCUACAUGGAAUAUAAAAUUGGCAAAUACAAUAUAUUAAAAGUUUAUGGUAUUAAAUAAGAAUUAAUAAUGAUUUAAUGCAGACCAUAUACAAAUAAUUGAUAAUAAUAAUUUGAAAUUUUCUUCACUGAAAUUAAGUUUUGGAUAUAUAUCUUUUAAUAUUAUUGAAAAUCAACAAGUUAUACAACGUCAAAUGUAUUUUACUUAAAAAUGACAAAUAUUAGUGACUAAUUGCAGGUUGCUGACUCCCGAUCAAAUAACUUCCGUUGUAUGACUAUAUAUUUCAAAGCUGCGCUGGAUUUUUUUGGGGGGCAUUAAAUAUAUUAUUUUUAAAUAGUAAUAGUAUUUGAACAAACAUUAUGUAAAGAAUAUUUAAGUGGAAAAAUAGAUAAAUUUUUUUAUUACUAUAUAUCUGACCAACGAGAAGAGACUCGCGAGCCGCCCAAUAUAUUAAUAAAUAUGGAAGAGCCAAAAUGAAAAAAAAGGUCACAUUAAUAUAAUAUUGAUAAUAAAUAAGAUAAGAUAUCAAAUAUAAUAAAAUCUAUAGAACGGGAAACAAUAUAAUAAUGUAUAAUAAUGUCAGAUUAAAUUUUAUCUUAAUUUUGUCUAUAAAUACUAUCAUAAAUACAAAUAAAUAUGUCUCCAUAGUGCUGUCGUGAGUGUAUCACUUUAAUAUUAAUAAAAUAAUUAUCAUGUCUAAGAAACAGAAGUAUGAAGAACAUAGAGAAUUCAAAUUACACUGGGAAGAAUAAUUGUUAAGGACUGCUUUAACAACACAUAAUCCGGAUUUCAAAAAACUUACAAACAAAAUGAACACACAACAAAUAAGAUAAUAAUUGAUAAUUACAAAUUUAAAAAAAAUAUAUACUUAAAUAUUAUAUUAAUAACACUUUAUUUUUUUUUUGUAAAUUUUUACUAUGUAUUGUAAUUUUUAAAAAUUUUGUAGUUUUUCAAAUACAUAUUGUAAAUUCAUAAUAAAAAAAAAUUUUGUAUCUUACAUAAGAUGCGAUUUGGCCACCCCUGCUAUAUAGUAUAUAAUAUAAAUGAUUUAUUAUUAUUAACUUUAAUUGACUUGUAACUAAUUUUUGUGAUUUUUAAGUAAAAUGCAUUUGACAAUAUUUACCUUGAGAUAUUUUACCCUUGUCGGUUUUUCCGUGCCGUUUUUUUCUUAGAUUUAUUAUUUGUAUAUAAACUAGUUUUUCUUUUAAUAUUUUAUUUAUUUUUUAUUUUUAAGAUUUCAAAUGUCACCACAAUUUGCAGCUAAAUAUAGUGUAUAUCCACCUCAUUUUGGAGAACCUAUUUACAAGAAACAAGAAUUAGAUAAAUUGCUUGAAACUGGAGGUAUUGAGAAUUUUAAAUUAAUUCCAUUUAAAGCAGCUAAAAGCAAUGAAACAUGUUCUAUAUUUCAUGAUCCUGUAGUUUCGUAAGUAUUUCUUGAUUAUUAUAUUGUAAUUAUUCUUUUAAAAUUAAAUUCACUAAAAUAUAAAAUCUAACUUGUUUAUCCUGGAUUUAACAAAGUAUUCUUGGGAAACAUUUUUAAGAAAGUUGCAUUAGUAAUAAAAAAAAAACUAAUUAUUAUAUGGCUCAAGCUUUAACCUAUUUGGUUGUCUUUAUUAUAUAAACAAAUAGGCUGUUCAUCUCUCUUCUCCUUAAUUUCUUAUCUGAGUACUAGUCAGAGUUGUGUUAAUUUAAAUGAAAUUUAUUUUUAAAAUAUGUAUUAUAUUUACAAUGAAAAUACACAUUUCUCAAAUCUUGACCUUACAUUUAAUAUCAUUGGAUUAUAAUUAUGAUAUAACUAAAAGCUCAGCCAAAAAGAAUUCUAUGUAUAUAAUUGUGAUAGAUGUGUAUGUACUAAAAAUUAUUCAGUGUCUUUUUAAAAAUAAAAUAAAUUUAAAAAUGAUUCUAUAAGAUAUUUAAAAACAGUAGAAAACUUCAAUUUGAUGAUACAAAUGUAAAAAUAUUAACUCUUUUCAUUUAAACUAUAAAAUAUCUAACUUGAAGUAAACAAAUUUAAGUUAAAUUUAUAAAAAAUCAACCUUUUAUACUACCUAUUCGUCUGUAGUCGACCUCAGAUUUGUGAUCUACCAAUGUUUACAAUAAUAUUUAUAAUUUAUUGACUUCAAAUAUUCUCUUUAAAUAAUCACUCUUCCUACCUAAUUGCUAUACCUACUCAAUAUAAACUAUGUUUCUCAUUUAAUCUGUAAACUCUUGUAAAUCUAUAUUUUAAAUUCUGAAUGUAGCGAAGAAUGUAUUGGUUUUACAGAGAUGUUUAUUUUAAUUUUUUAUAUAUAUAUAUAUACUGUGAUAAAAAUUUCUAACCAUAAAUCUUUCUACGAUAUGUAUGUGUGGCACGAUUUCUGAAGGAAAAUAUUGUCUCGAUGGUACUUUAAAGAGGUCAUUUUUUAAUUUUCAAAAUGGUUUUCAUCAUUUCUGGGAACAACCGGAUAAACCAUUAAAAAAAUGGUAAAUUUACAAAAAGAAUGCUUUUAUUAUUUUCAUUUUUGUUAUUUGUUAUUCAGUUAAAAAUAUUCGUGGUGAUUUGAAAUUUGGACAAAAAACUUAUAUUUGUCUUUUUUUAGACAUGGUAAAACUGUAAAAACAUUUAAGUUAUUUUUGAGUAAUUUUUAUUUGGCAAGUACUCUGGGGGUAUAAUUUUUAAAUUAAACAUAAAUACUUGAAAAUUGAACAGAUUGUUCAUUAAAAGAUGUAAUUUGUGGUCAACAAAAAAAAAAAAAGAGUCAACGUAGUUUUUUUUUUCUAAUAAUUUUAAUAUAAAAUUGGACGACAAUCACUUAAGUAAAAAAUGAUGUAGAACAAAGCUAGUUACUGGUCCAUACCAAUAGUUUCAAUAUAAUAUAUUUAUUUUACUAUAAUAUUACAUCUGUAUUAUUGAAAAAGCAAUAUUAUUAACUGAGCUCUACUCAUAAUCAUUUUUUCUUAACAAUGAUUUAUCUUUUUACACAGAUAUACAUUAAAUUCUCCUCUAUAUCAUACCUUCUUAACUACUCAUCUACAAGAGUUGUCCUUAUAACUGAGGAUUAUUUAUUUUGUUAUUAAAAUCCUUUAUUACAUUAUUUAAAAUAGUUUAUUCGAUUUUACAUGACAUUACUUACAAAAUUAAUGCUACUAUUUAUAUUUUAUUAUACCUACCUGUAUAACUAUUACUUUAAUCCAGUGGUCUUCAACCCUUUUGGACUCAUGACCAACUUUUAUAAGCAUACAUUAUUCGCGACCCACAUAAGGCAUACAGAAAAACGUUUGUAGAAAAAAAAAUCUAAAAUUACUUAAUAUUUUGUAGUAGUACUGUUAUAACUGAAUAAAUAAAAAUAAAACAACUUUUUAACGGAUACGUAAAUAUGACUAGAAUAAUAACGCGACUAACAUUUAUUCAUCUUUAAACACAGCUACAACAUCGAAAAUGUUUGUAGAUAAUGAGACUCUUUAACGAUAAUAAUACUAUUUAUUUAUUUUAUUACUAGUCUGGUUUACUUGUAAAUUAUUAUAUUUAAUGUCAUAUUACGUAGAAUCAUACCAGUAUAUGAUAUAUAUACUGUGAUUUGAAAUCUAUUAAAUUAUUAUAUUUUUGAAUAUAAAUUAUAUAAUAUUGUUUAUACAUAAUAUAUUAAAAUAAAUUUCAAAUUGUAUUUUCAUUUAUUAAUUUUCUAAGUUUAAUAGUUAAACAAUUAUUUGUAUACCUUAUAUAAUUGUAUAAACUUAAUUUUUAUUUCAAAAAGAAAAUUUAUCAAUUCAAUUGAUUAAAUUUUUAAGCAUAUGAGACCCAUAAAUGGGUCGUGACCCACCGGUUGAAGACUACUGCUCCAAUCCAUCAAUAAUCAGUUUUCCUAUGUGAUAGUCUUUAUAAUAAACUAUAAAGGUACCUUUUAUUAUACUUUAUAUUUAGUUACAACUUGAAUAUAGUUGGUACAAUGAUAUGACUAUGCAGGAUAUCCUACAAUGUUUUCCUUAUGAUAAUAACCCUGUCAAUAUUUUUUACAAUUUGGUUUUAAGUCAAGACACAAAACCAGAUUCAAAAAAUUAAAUGGAGUUAUUAGUCUUCGGAUAACACUGUAGGAGACCCUGUAUGUAUAAUUAAUAAUUUGUAUAAGUAUACAUACUAAAUAUCACUGUAGAGAAGUAAAAAUGCAAAACUGCAGUUGCAAUGAUACUGGUAGACCACAUAUGAAAAGAUAGUCAUAUUUUAUUAAUUUGACCUUUAAAAUAAUAAGUUUAUACAAUAAGAUGCUUUAUGAUGUAUAAUAUCUUAUUAUGUAAAUAUCAAAUGUUUAAACCUAAACUGAAGAAACUUUUUGAGCUUUUACUGCUGCAAACUUUUCAAUUAAUGAUUUUGUUUCAUUGUUGAUUUAAGAUGGUUUUUUACAGUCAUUAACUUUGAAAAAGAUACCAUAAAGUGCUGUUAUAUAUCUAGAUAUGUAUCUAAAAUACAGUAUCUAUAUACUUUUUUUGUAUCUUGUUAUAUAUCUUAAUUAUAUAUAUAUGAUAUCUUAUAUCUUAAUUGUUUCUGUUUCUUAGACAAAAUGCUUACUUUUUUAGUUCAACAAAAUACAAAAAUAAAACUAAAAUUCUAAAAUCUAAUUUUUUUUAAAUAAAAAUAUCAACAAUUUAUUGUUGAUAUAUGUUAUUUAUUAUUAUUUACAAGUAGAUAAUACUCUCAUUAUUUAUUUUAUAUUUACCAAUAAUUAACCAAUAUUUUAAUAUUGUUAUAUAUUAUGUAUUAUAACUGACAAUGAUUGUAUUAUAAAUUAUGUACCUAUUACUAGUUUUGUUAUAAUUUUGUAAUUCUAUAUUUUUAAUGAAUCAAAUAUUUAUCAAAAAAAUUAUCCUUUUUCUUAAAUGUAUCUUAAGAUACUUGUAUCCAUAUCUAGAUACUAAUUUAAAGUAUUUUAUUUCAGUACUAGUCCCAUAGUAACACUAACAGACAUUGUUAAAAUAGAUACCCCAGCAAUGUACAUAUUAGGUAAAAAAAGAUAAAUUAUUUGUAUAAGUAUAAUUCCAUGAGAAUUGGACUCUGACUUUAAAUAAAUUAAUGAUUUAAUUUCUUUGUAUAACUCUGGAUUACUAAUGUCAGAUUUAUUAAUGACAUUUUAAGUAAUGUAUAUACAUUACUAUUAAUGACAUUAUAAGUAAUGUAUAUACAUUACUUAAUAUAUAUAAAUCUCACAUUGUAUUAUUAAUUUAUUAUAAUUAAAUUUAUAUUAAAAUCUUGAUUGAAUAAAGUAUAGACAAAAUAUCUAAGUAACUCAAAUAAAUUGUUCACUUAGAACACAGUAGAACAGUUUAAGUCAAAUUAUUCUAUGGAUAAAUUUAACUAUUAGAUAUUUAUAGAUGGUAGAACCAACUCUUAGUUUAUAAUUAGAACCCAGGAGGGAGGAAUUAUAUUCACUAAAAAUCCACAAAAAAUAUUUAAAAUAGCAAAAAUGAUAGAGAUUUAAAAGUUUCUCCUCUAACAGCUCUGAAGUAUUAAACACAAAUUUUCUAACAAUAAAAUAUUAAUUAAGGCUAAGAAGGCACAGAAGCUUUGAAAGAAUGUAAGUUGCAAUUACUCUAGUCACACGGAUGUAAAGUCAGUUGAUAAUUUUGCAUCUUUAAGUUUUGAAUCUACUAGUCUCAAGUCUACAGUACAAGAUGGAGGAUUUGGACACCACAAUUUUUGCGUACUACACUAUAAGAGUAUUGCAAAAAACAGAUCGAAAAUAAAAUCAAAAAUGCUGGAUUCAUCCUAUAAAUAGUGAACGAUUUUUAAGGAGUGCAUUUUAUAAUUCUAUUUCUGUAAUUUUAAUUCUGACCUUAGUAAAUCAUAUAAUUCAACAACAAAAUACAAUUUUCCCUUUUUUAGAAAAACAAAAACUUUUUAGCUUUUUUACUAUGGAUAUUGAAAAAAUAUAAGUCCAGUAUAGUGAUGAUAAAGAAGAAUUAAAAAUGUAACGCAAAUUAUAUUUAAUACUAUUUUGUAGAUCAAUUAUGUUUUCACAUUUAGUUUUUUAUAAUCAAAUUUUUUUUUUUUUCCUAAGUCCUUGUUCUAUUGGGAAUUUAGUGUCCAUUUACAUCUAUAGAUUUAAUUCUUUAUAUAUGAUAAGAAAUUCAAUGACAAAUAAAAGUAGAAUUAAAUAUAUGUAACAUAAUCAUAACAUUAUCAUAUUAUUCAAUUAUUAAUUAUUAUAUGAGUAAUUAAUACUACAAUAUAUUUUUUCUGAGAUUUGAUUUCUAAAUCAACUCUUGUUUUUUCAAACACUUUGUACAUCUUAUUUGCACAAUUCUGAUAUGAUUAAUUCAUUUAUUGGACUAUUUUAUUACCUUUUAAAAACAUUUACCUAUUAAAAAAAUAAUAGUUAUAAUAACUGAACACAGUAAAUUACCAAGAUUUGUUUUAUAAAAACAACAUAUUGUUGGUUUUCAUCAACAUUCUAAUUUUAAUUGAAAUUAUUGUGUACAUAAUUUUUUUUUUUGUUUUUUUUUUUAGAAAAUUCAUUAACUAUAUGCUUAUUAAAGGACAAAAGAAAUUAGCCAGGCAAGUUUUAGAAAAAGUAUGUAUCUAACUAAUUAUAUCAUUUUAUUAAACUCCAAGUAUAUUAUAAUUUAUGUAAUACAUUAAUACACAUAUCUUCUCUAUCUACAAAAAGUGAUUAAAUAUUUUAAAAAUUUAAUUUUUCAAAUUAUAAUUUACAUUUUAUUCAAUUUUAGUUUUAAUCCAGAAUUAUGUGUUGUAGCUUAAAAACUAUUUCUAGAAACCAUGAUUUUUUGGGACAUUGGGGAUAAAAUAAGACAUUUAAAAACGUUUUUUUAAUUGGUCACUUUUUGCACAGCACAAUAUAUGUGUUAUUUGAUAAAAAUUAAAUUAUUUUUCAAACUAAACUAGACAAUAAUUUAUUAUUAAGCAUAAAUAGUUAAAUCUAAAUAGAAUAUUUUUAGCAUUUAUAAAUUAAUAGAACUGAGAAAAGAGGGCAAUAUUUAUUAAUUAUAUUGCAUUAUAGAGCCCAUAUUGAUGAAAAAAAAACUAAAAUAAUUGGUAAAUUCCCAGAUUUGUUCUUAGCUAGAUUUAAUUAAUGUGAUUAUGUAUAGUUUUACAAAUGUAAAAAAGUACAUUUUUUUGAGUCUGCCACUAAUUAAUGUAGAAAAAGUACCAUCUCAAUACUAAGCAAUACUACUAGGUCUUAUGGUUUUUUUUUUUAUUAUUAUUAAAUAAAUAUUUAAUUCCAUUAGUAGUCAGGUGCUUUCAAAUUGUUACAUCAAUGAUUAAACUACUAAUCAAAUCUAACUCUUAGACUUUAUUUGAACUAAAAGAAUUAGAGAGGGCACCAGACUAUUACUGAAUUAAAUGUUUAUUUAAUAAUUACUAAUAAUCAUAUCCAGAUCUAGACUUUUUUUUAUACAUUCUUUUAUUAGUUAUUUAUAAAAAAAAUAUUCUUAUAGUAUCUGAAUUAUUUUUUUUGAUUUUAUAUUAAUUGUUUAGUCAGCAAAUGGAAUCUACUUUACGCACCCACUCAUAUGUUUACAUUAAAUAAUGUAUAUUAUACCUGCUUAUAACACAUGAAGUUUAGAAUCUAAACCUAAAUCUUUAAGUAUAAUUUAUAAUUUGUAUUGUUUUCUAGACCUUUGAACAAAUUAAAAAAAUACAAUUGGCAAAAUACAAUAAGGAAACUGAUCCUGAGAAAAAAUCAUCAAUAAUUGUUGAUCCUGUUGUUAUUUUGAAAAAAGCUAUUACUAAUUGUAAACCUCUAUUAAAGUUAACACCUGUAAAAAGAGGUGGCUCCUAUUAUCAGGUAUUAUUCAUUUAUUUGUAAUUAAUAUGUAUAUUAAAAUAGUAGAGUAAUGUGUUAGCUGUGUAAACCAAAUUAAUACUAAUUAAAUUUAUCAUAAAAUGUUUAACCUAACUUUCCUUAGAAUCAUUCUUGAACAAAUAAUUAUCUUGAAUUAUCUACCAUUGCUAACUAUAGUUAUUGAAGAUAUUCAAAUAUAUUAGAAAAUUAUUUCCUAAAAAUAUUAAAUUAGGGGGAAAUUAUUAUAUACAUUGGAGCAAGAUUAUUGGUAAAAAAGUUAUUUACCGACAGAAUAAAAGAAAAGCUGAUACUACAGAUGGUUGCGCCAUUGUUAUAUGUAUGAAUUUCAGAAAGUAGAAUACAUAAAGUUAUAUAUUUAAAAUCUGUAAGCAACAUUAAACCAUUACUAGCUAAAACUAUUGUGAGAGAAGUUUGUUAAAAAAUAUUAUAAUAUUAAAACUUUUAAACGAAAUACAUAAUUACAUUCAAUUUUUUUUUCUUUUUACAACUAAGUAAGACUUAUAAUGAACCUCCAGUUAAAUUUCCAAGAUCUCCUGCUAUUUUUAUGCUUUUGUUCUUUUAAAUAAUAUGUGUUUUUAUUAGAAAUAUAUUGCUCUCUAUCUAUGAUACAAACUUUUAGCUUAAAAGAUAUAUAUAAUCAUGUAAAAUAUGUUCAGUAUUCUUUUAUGUAAAUUAUGAUGAUUAUAAUAAAUAAAAAAAAUAAAUAAAUGAGAUUUGGCUAUAGAUCACAAAUAUAAACAUUUUUUUUUUUUUUUAUCAUAUUUUAAGAUAUUAUAAUUAUUUAGCAUAUUACAAAAAUGUAUCAAAUAUAUCUAAGUAAAAACUAAAAAUAAUAUGAGAAUAAUUUCUUACAUAUUAUCUUUAUUAAAUGUAACUGUUUUUUAUAAGGCAUAAAAUAAAAAAAAUUGAUCUUUUUUAAAUUUAAGGUACCAGUUCCUAUAACAGAUAAAGAGUCUACUUUUUAUGCUAUGCGAUGGUUUGUACAUUGUGGACGAGAGAAAGACAAAUCUGUUAGUUUUGCUGAUUUUAUGGCAAAUGAAUUUAUCCAGGCAUCAAACAAUAAUGUAAUUAUAUAUUUAAUACAUUUUCAAUUUUGAUGUAUUUUAUUGUUUUGUUUUUUCUAGGGACGUGUUGUAAAAAAGAAAUUAGAUUUGCAUAAGCAAUGUGAAUCCAACCGAGCUUAUGCUCAUUAUCGAUGGAGUUAGUUAUUUAACAUAAAAUGUAAAAAAAUUUAAAUUAAUCUAUAGAUAGAUGUA